AUGCAACGUUCUUUAAGAUGUCACUCAACAUUUGCUUAUUUGGCCUUUUUAUCAUUGGCAAAUGGUUUGUUAUCGUUAGUACAUUUUUCCAAAUGGAUGCUUCAAUACUAUUUUAAAUUAUUUCUGGAAAAUUCUCUUUUAACAUGUCGAUUUCAUCGAUUUUUCUUGGAUUUUCUAACCCAAUUUAGUAUAUUUACAUUAAUAUGUGUGAACAUCGAUCGAGCACGAACUGUAACAAAAAGCCGUCCAAAUCAAAAGUAUCCCAAAUCAAAAUUUCGCUUAGUUUUAUUCAAAGAAUUGCUAGUCGCAUCUCUCUUAUGUAUAUUUCAUUUUCAUUGGAUUGUCAAGUAUGGUUCUGAAGUGUCUGAUGGGAAAACAAUAUUCGCAAUCUGCGGUUUUCAUGAAAAUCAAGCAAACACAGUAUACUAUUAUCUUCUCACAACGAUCUACCCUCCAUUCGAACUAGUUGUCUUCUUUUGCCUUCCUUUACUAAUCAAUACGUCUUGUACGAUACUGAUCGUGCGAAGUUUGAGCAUUCGAAUGCGUACAGCGAAGAAAUUCCAUCCAAGUAGUAACGAACAAUCGCGACAAAUCCUCUCAUAUUUCCUUCCUAAAACAGCAAGUAAAACGAGUAUUCACUCGUGUCUUUGUUUUCAAAUGCAGUGUCGACGACAUACACGUCUACGCGUGAAGAUCGGACGACGCAACCGAAGCUUGGACAAGUACAAUAAAGAAAAUCAAACUAAUGACAGACAGAAAUCAUUAAGUUCACUGCAUGGAAAUCAGUCUGGAAAAACAUCGAAUGUUCUGAACAGAAAACAACGAACUCGACGAUCACGUGAUAUACAUCUAUCAGCAAUGUUAAUUGGACUGAACAUUCUCUACUUAGUCUUGAAUUUACCGUUCAACAUUCAUCAAACAUUUGCAAAAUAUAUCUAUUCAUCAGCAUCUGAUCCAUGCGUAUUACGAUUUACGAGUUUAUUACUCGACACAUUGCAACAGGCGUUCUUUUCCACGAAUUUCUUUCUGUACGUUCUAACAAAUCGACGUUUUCGAGAAGAAUUUUAUAAUGCAUUUGCGAGAAUCCUUUCACACUGUAAACAAACCUCAACACCAAAACUUCCACUACAGGCCCAACAGAAAACCCAUCCGCAAGCAUCAAGUUGCAAUCCAUCGACGAUCAUUCCAGCAAGCCAAACAAGUGACAAUCAAACGAUGCCGACUCUAGCUAAUGAUUUUCGUGAUAGUCUUCUAUCUCAGAUAGACAUCACAGAUAAUUCUCUGACUCAUUAG